GUCGAUGCUGCAGACAUAGUUCGUCUCCUGGCCCCGGAUGUUGUCCUAUUUUUCUCCACUCUUCUGAUACUGAGGGUGACCAAAAAGCAUUUACGUACUGUGCCCCAAGUCAGCCUCCACGAAAAUGGAAUUCCACCCUCAAGCCCACAGGAUAUGGAAAGCUCUGACACAGAAUCAGAGGAUGGAUGUGUUACUGAAGGCUCAUCUUUUGACAGCUCAGAGGAGACCACUGUGAAAGUUCAGUCAGAGCCUCCACAGUUUGUGCAAAAGUUGAUCAUGUUUGCAGCUGGACUGAAGUUCCUUUUGUCAGCAAUCAUGAACACAGCCGGGAAAGUAGUGGUUACUUUACUGCUGGGUCUGGCUGGUAUCACUCUGCCCUCCCUCACGUCUGGAGUGUAUUUUGGGGUGUUUCUAGGGCUGGUGUGGUGGUGGAUAUUCAGCCGCUCCAUCAGCAUGCUGCUUUUCAGUUCUCUGUGUGUGAUGAUGGCUAUCUUCAGUGCAGGACAUCUGCUUGCUCUGUAUCUGUAUCAGUUGCCAAUUUCGCAGCAGCUUGUACCACCAGACGACAUCUAUGCCAGGUUGUUUGGGAUGACAGGAGUGAUCAGAACCAAUAUUUCAGACCCGCACACCCUUGGUCUGCACCCACAUGUUUGCUGGCCUGACUUCAUUAACCCUUUCGUUCUGCUGUUGCUGUACUACACACUGAUAGCUCUGCUGCACAAGUGGGUUCACAUCCCAGAUGAGGAAAUUGCUGAUGAUGACAAAACUGAGAGUCCAUUAGAGAGUCCAGAGGCUCCACCGAGCUUCUCGAGGGUCAUCUACAUCUCCGGAGACAAGCUAGAGCUUUUGAGCAGCACAGACGAUGAAACCUAUGUGCCCGAUGAGGGAGUCAUUUUGCCACCUGGGGUUUCCUGGGAAAAUAUCAAAAGCAAAAGCCUUGGAUGUCUCAUAGAAGGGGAAGAGUUCAUAAGUUGUUACCCUCCGCCCCAUUACAGAGACAAAGAGUCACCUUCACACGAGGCAGAAAGGGAAGAAGUAGUAGAAGAUGGGAGUGAGGAGAUGUCAAAGAGCCUGGCAGACACUUUACCUCCAUCCAAAGGCCCCAGUGGUCUGGUUAUCUUCGGGAGGCUGUUGCAAAAACACAGCUAUGUCAGCGCCCUCAUUAUCAUGAUGGUGUGGAGUAUCACCUACAACAACUGGCUGACCUUUGCCCUGCUUGUGUGGUCCUGCAUCAUUUGGAUGAUGCGGGACAGGAGGCGUUAUGCCAUGAUGUCUGCCCCCUUCCUUGCUCUCUAUGGCACUGUCCUGGUGGUGCUGGGCUUCCUGAGUGGGCUCCGCCUCAGCCGGGCUGAGCUUUAUCCCGGUCUGCCCAUGACAGUAAUAGUGGACUUUGAUUUGAACAGCUAUCACCCUGCACCCUGUUUGCACUUAGGAGCUAAGGUCCUCUACAGCUUCAGCUUCUGGGUGACGUUUCGUCAGCAGCUGAAGGAGAGAAAAGAAGAGCAGAAUAAAAGAGCAGAAUCUCUCGAUGAAGUUAAAGUCUUGUCAUCAGCUGAGGAGGAGAGUCAGCCAUCACCUAUUGUGGCCAUGCUGAUCUCUGGUUUGAAAGGGAUGUUGGUGAAGUACUGGAUCCUCUUCUGUUGCUCCAUGUUCUUUGUGGUCAGCUUCUCUGGAAAGGUUGUUGUCUACAAAAUCCUCUACAUUGUUCUCUUCCUCUUCUGUGUUGUUCUCUACCAGAUUCGUUAUGAUGUUUGGCGUCGGGUUCUGAAGACAUUCUGGGCAGUGGUGGUGGGCUACUCCAUGGUGGUGUUGAUAUUCAUCUACAUGUACCAGUUCAGAAGUGUGUCUGCACUGUUCAGACAAAUAAUGGGCAUGUCAGAGGAAGGCCUUCGCGAUCUGGGUUUGGAGCGGUACAGCACAGUGGAGCUGUUUGCGCGCAUCCUGCUCCCUGCUACAUUCCUGCUAGCUUGCAUCCUUCAACUUCAUUACUUCAACUUAGACUUCUUGGCCUUAACCGACUUGGAGAACGUGCCUGUCCGGGAGAGGUCAAGGCUGGUGAAGGAGCAGAUGGGAAGUGGAAAAAGUCAGGAAACUCUUGACAGUAUUGAGCUGCAAACUUCAUCUGAGAAAGGAGCUGAGGAGCAGGAGGAGCCACAAUCAGAGGAAAUCAGUCCUGAGGACAAGUGGAUUGUGAUUGUGGACCGAGCGAGCCUGCUUCUUAUUCAGACCAUCUCUGGUCUUCAGAAAACCCAGGAGCUGUGCUGGAGACUGAUGGAGCUUCACAGCCUCAAAAUAGUCUCCUCUGGCAUCAUCUGGGUUUCUCUGCAGGAGGUUUCACUCAUGAACUUCCUUUUUCUGGCUCUUUGGGUGUUUGCACUCCCGUUCCCCAAGCUACGACCUUUAGCAUCCAGCAUUUCUGCAGUGUGGGCCUGCGUCAUGGUGGUUUGCAAGAUGUUUUACCAGCUCAAAGUCAUCAAACCUCUUGAUUACUCCUCCAACUGCACUGCUAGUUUGAUGUCUUCUAACAACUCUGGAGUGGAUGGCGAAAUGGAGGUGAUGGGAAACAUAGCUGAGCUGCUCAGGAGGUCGAUUCUCUACAUUGAGCCUGUUGAUCCAGUUUACUGGUGUGGGGCGCUACGCAAGUGUGAGGGGAGGAUCCUCCCCUGCCUGAGGAACCAUCUGAUGGUCCUGGGUUUGCUUGUUUUCGAGGCCACUGUUCAUCGGCACCAACUCUAUUUCCGCCUGCACAAUGACCUGAAGCCUCCACCCUUCAGCAUCAUCUUCAAAGGCAUCACAAGGCAGCAUCUUGACCAUGGCGUGCUGCCCUGCAUCAAAUACUUCAUCAACUUCUUUUUUUACAAAUUUGGACUUGAGAUCAGUUUAAUUGUGGCAGUGAAUGUGAUUGGUCAGAGGAUGGAUUUCUAUGCCCUGCUGCACUCCUGUGCUUUAAUGGCAGUCCUGUCCCGACGACGCAGGAAAUCUAUCGGGGAGGUGUGGCCUAAAUACUGCUGCUUCACAGCUGGGCUCAUGGUGCUGCAGUACUUGCUCUGCAUCGGCAUCCCGCCGGCUUUUUGUGUUGACUAUCCCUGGAGAACUGCAGUGAAACCCUUGACCUCUAAUGUUAUAAAGUGGUUUUAUCUGCCUGACUUUGCCAUGAGACCCAACCCAUCAUUCAUUUUCUAUGAUCACCUCCUGCUGCUCUGCUCAUCUCUGCAGUGGCAGGUAUUCGUGGAGGAGAACCGAGCGGCAGUGCGGCUGCUGGCUGGUGACAAUGUGGAGAUCAGCCGCAGCUUGGACCCUUGUUCCUUCAACCAGUUCAUACCAGUUGACAACUUCCUUCAUUGCAGGUGCUACCUUGAUAUGGUCAAGGUGUUUGUCUUCAGCUACUUCUUCUGGCUGGUGCUCUGUCUCAUCUUCAUCACUGGCACCACGCGGAUCAACAUCUUCUGCCUUGGUUACCUGGUGGCCUGUUUUUAUUUCAUGCUGUUUGGCAGCAGUGUGCUAAUGCAGCCGGUCAGAUACAUCCUUCGAUUGUGGGACUGGCUCAUCGGCUAUACCUGCUUUGUGAUUGCCAUGAAGAACCUACUGUCUCUUGGCUCCUGUGGAUACCUGGACAGCCUGUUGAAAAACAGCUGCUGGUUAAUUCAGGCUUUCAGCAUGUUCUGCACCAUCAAAGGCUAUGAUGUCCCGGAGCCUGAUGAUGAGUGUGAGCUGCCAGAGGGGGAGGCCGGCAUUGUCUGGGAUGCGAUCUGUUUCACUGUCCUCCUGGUCCAAAGGAGAGCAUUCCUCAGCUACUACUUCCUCUAUGUGGUGUCAGAACUAAAGUCUUCUAAGAUUCUGGCCUCCAGGGGCGCGGAACUGUUUGAAGCCAAAGUGAAGAAACAGAUAGCAGCUCGAUUGGAGAUGGAGAAGAAAUCUGUUGAGACUCUGAAGAGACAGAUGGAGAAGAUUAAAUCCAAACAGAAGGGUCAACCGACUGCCACUACUAAAGCAGGAACUCCAGCACAUCAGGCGGAGCAGAUGACACUUGAUAAAGAUGAAAAGGCAAAGAAAGAUGCAGGAAAAUGGUGGAAGCCUUGGGUUUCUCAGCCUGGAGUGGAAAACAAUUGUGGCUACCACUUAUUUGAGAGUGACAGUGAAGAAGAAGAGGAAGAAACUACAGAGAAGAAAGAAGAGGAAGAACCACCAAAGAAGAAAUCUGCUUUCCAGCUGGCCUACAACGCCUGGGUCACCAGCUCUAAAAGUGCCCUGAAGGAUCUGAGGAAGGAGAAAAAAAAACAAAAGAAAGAAGAGAGAAAGAGAGCAAAGAGAGAGCUGCAGAGGCAGCAGGGAAUUGAAAGAGCUGACUCUAGCGAGGAUGAACUGGAGGAAAGCACUGUUGGGUUGGAGGAAGAGGGAAAAGAAAACAUUGUGCAACGUAUCAUUAACACUGUAAAGUUCGGCUGGGUGUUUCUUCAGUCUCUACUCGAUGACCUGACGGACGGUUUGAACUCUUUCUGCAAAGACAACCUGGAUAUUUCCAAAGUUCUGCGCUUUGAGCGAGCGUUACUCCACCAGCAGCAAAAGAAGGGCAAAGAAGUCAGUCAGGAGAGUGUGAAGCAGUUUUAUGAAAAUUGGAUAUCCCGUCAGAACACCAUGUGUUCCCUGGAUGGUCUGGAUACCCCAGCACCUCCCUGUUCUCCACCUGGUGCCUCCUCUUCACAACAUGCCUAUGCUAGGCUCAAGAGUCAAGCCUCCAAAAUGUCCUGGGGGAGUAGCUUUUCCAGCUGUAUGACAGAUGAGACCUUGCUGGUUUCACGGCAGCCAACACAGGAGGAGCUGGAUGAACCUCCUGAUGCUCCCCCCUCUGGAAACCAGCUCAGACGAAGGCUCCUGAAAGAGGCAAAGAUUGAGCUGACCUCCUUUGAGGCAGAUGAACUGUCACAAAGCCUUGAAGAAGAUGCCUGUUCAGCUGAAGAGGAUGACAGAGAAGAUGUAGAAGAUGACAGGAAAUCUGAGCGGGAUGCUGAAGAAGAGGAACAUAACCUACAAGAGCAAUCACAGUUGGAAAGUGAUGAGCAGGAUGACACAUUACAGCCUGCAGAGACUGAUAAAUCCUACAAAUAUGCAGACUGCGGCUCAGUGGAUCACAGAGAAAGUGAUGGAGAGAGAAGCAUUGAACUCUCAGAGUCUUCCAGACCUUUAAGUCAGGAAACGAGGAACCUCACUGCCAGCGAGCUGCUGCUCAACAAUAUGUUUGAAAAUGAGGAGAUCUCAGCGUCAGAUAAGUUUUUUGUGACGUUGCCGAGGCCGUUGAAGCUGCUAUUUGCCCUCUACAACACCAUGGUGUCAAAGUCAGAGAUGCUCUGCUACUUUGUCAUCAUCCUCAACCACAUUGUGUCAGCGUCGUUCCUCUCCCUCAUCCUGCCGGUCCUCAUAUUCCUCUGGGCCAUGUUGUCUGUCCCCCGGCCAACUAAGCGCUUCUGGAUGACAGCUAUAAUCUACACAGAGUUGACUGUCGUGGUGAAGUACUUUUUCCAGUUUGGUUUCUUCCCCUGGACUACCUCUGCUUACCGAGGCAUCAAUGCUGAGCGUCCUUUCGCCUUACCCAACAUCAUUGGGGUGGAGAAAAAAGAUGGUUAUGUCCUGUUUGAUCUCAUCCAGCUGCUUGCUUUGUUCUUCCACCGUUCAAUUCUAAAGUGCCACGGGCUGUGGGACAACAAAGAGGUUGAAAUGCCAGAUUUCUUCAAAAAGCUGAAGAAGAAAGUGGAUAAGAAGAAAAUGACAGGAGCAGAUAAGAUAGGCAGUGCAGAGAAACCUCGACGCCGACUGAAGUUCCUUCCUCUCCAGGCCUCUACAACCUCCAUAUUCUGCAGACAAAAAACAGGCUGCUCCUCAGAAUCUUUCGAGGAAAAGCCAAAGAAACUGCACAGCAAGAAGAAGAGAAGACAGCGGAACACGAUUCCUCUGACCAGAAAACAAAGAAUCAGACAGCAGAUCAAAGAGAGGAUGCUUCAAGCCAAAGCUGCCAUCAUAGAAGUAGCUCUUCACAUAUACCUGCCCAUAAGACAGUUUUUCUAUGACAUCAUCCAUCCAGAGUACAGUCCUGUGUGUGAUGUCUACGCUCUCAUGUUCCUCAUUGACGUGGUCAACUUUAUUGUUACUAUUUAUGGAUACUGGGCUUUUGGGAAAUACUCUGCUGUCGCUGACAUCACAGAGUCUCUGUCAGAAGAUCAGGUCCCAGAGGCCUUUUUAGUCAUGUUGCUCAUGCAGUUUGGUACCAUGAUUGUGGACCGGGCCCUGUAUCUGAAGAAGUCGCUGCUGGGAAAGUGUGUUUUCCAGGUGGUGCUGGUGUUUGGCAUCCACUUUUGGAUGUUCUUCAUUCUUCCCGGUGUCACAGAAAGGAGGUUUAACAGGAACCCUAUUGCUCAGCUGUGGUACUUUGUAAAGUGCAUCUACUUUGGCCUCUCUGCCUACCAGAUCAAAUGUGGCUACCCCAACCGCAUUCUGGGCAACUUUCUCACAAAGAACUAUAACUACCUGAACCUCUUUCUUUUCCAAGGAUUCCGGAUGGUUCCUUUCCUGACCGAGCUCAGAGCAGUGAUGGAUUGGGUUUGGACUGACACAACUCUGUCCCUCUCCAGCUGGAUUUGUGUUGAAGAUAUCUAUGCAAACAUAUUUGUGCUCAAAUGCUGGAGGGAGUCUGAGAAAAAAUACCCCCACCCACCUGGACAAAAGAAGAAGAAAGUGGUCAAAUAUGGGAUGGGAGGGUUCAUCAUUUUUGCUCUCAUCAGCAUCAUCUGGUUCCCGCUGCUCUUCAUGUCUCUCGUCCAAUCAGCAGCUGGAGUGACAAACCAGCCGGUGGAAGUCUCCAUUCAGCUGAGCAUUGCAGGUUAUGAGCCUCUGUUUACUAUGAGUGCACAGGAGCAGAACUUAGUUGCGUAUACAGAAGCCGGAUUCAACAGACUCACCAAAGUUUAUGCUACUCAUCCGUCUGCCAUGCAGUUCCUGAUGAACUAUGAAGCUGAAGAUAUUAUUGUUGCUAAAAUCAAAAGCGAUGCCAGUCUGCUGUGGAGCAUCAGCCCUGCCAGUCGAGCCGCCAUGAUAGAGGAACUCAGCAUCUCUUCUCACCUGUACAUGUCCUUUCGCUGGAUGCUGCUCAGGAAUGCAUCCAUAUCUAUGAAUGUGGAGGCAGUUGGAGAACACACUGUGAAGUUCAACGAUAAGGCCCUGAAGGAUGGAAUAGUGAGCAUGCUCAAAGGCAACAGCAGCAAACCAGUGAUCAUUCAUUCUCUCCUGCCCAAGUAUUUAAGGGGUCCAAAAGGACAGGAGUCCAAAAUGGCAACCAGGAUGACAGUUGAGCAGUCCGAUCGUCCAGACCUGCAGGCGCUGGCGUUCUUUAGGCCCAUGUCGAUAAAACUACAGCAGGCCAGCGGAGCCUCAGACAAAGAGGCAGACCAGUGGUGGGUGGUGGAGGAGUGUUCUCCAGUUCUCACCUCCUCCGAGCCCAAAUGUCACAGCAUUGAGAUUGUGGUGUUCAACGAUAAAGUCAGCCCUUCCAGUCUGGGCUUUUUGGCUGGACAUGGCAUCGUGGGGCUCUACAUGUCAGUGGUGCUGGUCAUCGGGAAGUUUGUCAGAGAAUUCUUCAAUGGGAUAUCUCGGUCCAUCAUGUUUGAGGAGCUGCCAUGUGUGGACAGAGUCCUGAAACUCUGCACAGACAUCUUUGUGGUGCGUGAGACUGGCGAGAUGGAGCUGGAAGAGACUCUGUUUGAGAAACUCAUCUUCCUCUACAGAUCACCAGAAACCAUGAUAAAGAUGACCAGAGAAAAGGACAGUUAGGGCCAAUCAGCACACACACUCUUCAGGUGACUUGUCAUUCAAUUAUAAUGCAGGUUAACAUAAAGUAAGACCAAAUAAAAUACUGAAAAUUGGACUUUCUGAAAGACUCCUUUUAAGUCUCAUAAAAAGUGGACAUUAGUUUUAAUUACAUGGAAAAAAAAUACUUGUGUUCAAUUCAGCAUAUUCCUGGUGCAUUUAGUCUGUUUUCCAAUUUAGAGACAAAUAGUUCUCCUGAAGGCAUUAUAACAACUUUGAAGUGUUUUAACCACAUAUGAAGAAGUCCAAAUGUAUAGAAAUGCUUCUGUUUUCUGUGUGAUGCAUGAUUUUCUAAUAAUUUUGGAUUUGUACUGGUAUCAGCAAUGCUUUAGAUGUUGAGAGGAAUGAACGGCUUUCCACACGUCAGUAAAAUACCACGUUUCUCUACGUCUCUGUGUAGACUGCCAGACUGAGUUUAUUUGAAUAAAUACAAGUUAAAUGCUCCAUUGUUUUGAUUUUUAAUUGACUGAACAAUGCCACUUAAAGGUCGUACUCUGCCUCUAGCUGACUGACCACAAUGGUUCCAGCAGGACUCUCAAUCCAAUAAAGAUGUAACAGUCAAAGAAACAUAAGGCUUUAGUGGCUCUUUCCACGAAGAUUCAUUUCAUUAAUAACGAAGUGGGGGGGGGGGGGG